CGUGACGUCAUGCGCCGCCCCCCCAGCUUGAAAAGGCGUGGAGCGGCGGCGGCGGCCAGCCUUGAGCACUGAGAUUAAAAGGCGAGACAUGGGGUUCUGGGUUUUCUUCUUCUUCCCCAAGUUUUAAAGUGACUCCAGCGAGGUAGCGUCUUGGGGAAAGCAAGGCAGGAUUAAAGCAAGCAAGCAAGCAAGCAAGCAAGCAAGCAAGCAAGCGUGCCUGCGUGUUGGGGCGGAAAGCCUACAACAAAAAAGCCGCCGAGUAAAAGUGUCUUUACCUGGAAGUAUAGAAGACGCCCAGGUAAAACAGGAACUGAGACGCCUCAUUUCGCGAAAGUGAGCCUGGCUUGCUUGAAUACCAAGCAUGCGGGGCGCUGUAGCAACCGGGCGUGAAAGUCGGACAAAGAAAUGAAGACAACCAGAAGACGCAAAGUUGUGUGUUUUUUUUUUUCUUCAUCCAGUUGCUAGUACUUCGUACUUCCUGAGAACACCGCGGAGUGCCUUGGAAGUAUGACGCGAUUGAAACUGAUUGAUUUCGCAACUCCGAGGUGAUAUCACGGCAAAAUCAAACGGCAACUGUAUGUAUUUGUGUGUGUGUGUAGUGGGAAAGAUAUCGAUCUUUGGAUUAUUUAUGUAGACAUGUACCGACAGAAAGUUUUUCAAGCAGGGCUACGGUAACUUAAACUGGAAGCUCUCCGAAAAGCCCCGGAAAACUGAGAUGUUGUUCUAUUAAAGACCCGACACUAACCUACAAAGCUCCGUGCUACCAGAAACUUUUCGUCUCACGAAGGCGAUGAAGCCGAGAAGCUAAUUCGCGAAGGAAAAAAGGGGAACGUGUAACAGGCUUGAAAAAUCGCCAUAAAACCCUGCCAGUUCUCUUUGACCAGCAGAUUUAAACGUCCUAACUCGAGAACAUCAUCGUCCUUUUAAAAAAAAAUGCUCUCAGCCCUCAUGAGGAGAUGGUUUUGCCGGCCAAAGAGGUCAGACCGGAGGCCGCUGGCCCAGUUCUACUUUGCUGAUGAGGACUUGACCCGUGUCACAGCAGAGCUGAAUGGCAUCGACCUGCGGAAGGACCCCCAGAAGUACCUGGUGCUGCUCAACCAGCUCCGUAUUAGCCAGGAUCGCGUGCUGCGAGCCGUCGAGCUGGUGAUGGAGGACUGCAUCUCGGCGCAGAGACAGAGCCGCGACUACCACGUCAAGUUUCCCGACGAGAUCCUUCACGAGAACCUGGGCGUGCAGCUGUGGUUCGCGGCGGAGUGCCUGCUGGUGGGCUCCUUCCUGGAGGUGCGCGAGUCGGAGGGGCUGCUGUUGCGCCCCCUGGCGGGGCAGCUCCUGUGCUGCCUGGAGGACGCCAGGCUGCGGAUGAGGGAGCAGUGCCUGAGCGACCCGCGCGGCUACUCCCCCCGGCUCCGGGAGGCCCUGCUGCAGUACGACCGCGUCUUCGCCCAGUUCGAGCUCAGCUAUAUUUCCAUGGUGAUUCCAGUGAAGUCGGCAGAGGAACUACAGAGGCAGCAGGAGAUCGUGGUGCUGUUCUGCGAGACUGUGGAGAGAGCAUUGAAACUGGGGUACUUAAGCCAGGAGCUGAUUGAUGGCUAUGAACCACUGGUGAUGUUCACCAUCCCCAGACUGGCCAUAAUUUGUGGCCUGCUGAUCUUCCCAGAUGGCCCAUUGAACCUCCAGCAUGGACCAGAGGGCAUGUCUAGCCUCUUCAGCCCUUUCUACUCCCUCCUGCUGAAAAUCAGGGAUCUGCUGCGGGUCCUGACCAAGGAGGAGCUCGAUGUCCUGGAAAGAAACCUGUGUGCUGCCGAGUCCAGCGACUUCCUGUGUUCUUCAGCCUCUACUACUGGAGGACAAGGGUCCCUCCCUGGCACUGACCCCACUGUUGACUCCAGGCCAGUGGAGGAUGCGCCGUCUGUGCCUGGGUCUCGCCAGGCACCUGCCACGUAUCCCAGCCACCCCUGCUCCUCCACAGCACCCCCACCUUGCUGCAGCGACACUGGCGUUUGGCCCGAGCAUCCUCGCUGCCCCACUCCGGACCAGGAGGCCGUGGGAUGUGACAGACGGUCCCCCGUUUCCCAUGAGAAAUGGGGCGCCACCUUCCCCGGGGCCGCGUGCGCGCUCUGCAGCUCGGGGUUCCAAGAGCAGGGGCGGUGCCAGCCGGCGGAAGCCGGGGAGAGCGGGCCUGCUCAUGUGCCGGAUUCGGGUCCGCAGGGCUCUGGGGACCAGGCGGGGCGGACUGCUGGUCGGGCCGCCGCUGGAUUGUGUUCCCAUCGCUCCCCCUAUCCCAGCAGCCCUGGCGCGGACACCGAGGCGGAAGCCAGGGAGCGCAAGUGGAGGCGCAGAGUGAUGGUGCACAGUUGGCAUUCUGGGCAGCCGUUUCCGGCUGUGGCGGCCAGGCGCCCCUUCGGAGACGGCAGAAGGAUUGGCAGCGAGCAGGAGAACCAGACCAGCCAAGCGGGCGUCUACGAUGAGAGAGUGGACCUCCGUGCUCGGUACAGCUGCAGCAACGACCUGAUACACAGACUGUUUGUGUGCAUCUCAGGGGUUGCAGACCAGCUCCAGACGAACUUUGCCAGCGAUAUGCGAGCAAUUUUGAAGUGCGUCUUUGAGCUGAUCGUCUCCCAGGACGAAGUGUGGGAUGGCUCUGUCCCGCCUCACACAGAGGGAGAGGAGGAAGACCAGCAGCUGGAGGAAGGUCCCGAUCCUGGCCCAGAGGAAUGUGAAUUGUGUGACGAUCUGAACGCCGGAGUUUCAGACAUGGGCAAUAUAGGAGGACCGCCCGUCUGGGUGCCCGACAGCGCCUGUGACCACUGCACAGCCUGCCAGGCCCCGUUCACCAUCCUGCGCCGGCGGCACCACUGCCGGAGCUGUGGGAAGAUCUUCUGUGCGCGCUGCUCCCCCCACGAGGCCCCGCUGCCUCGCUUCGGACAGAUGAAGCCGGUGCGCGUGUGCAACCACUGCUACGAUUUCCACAUCGUGGGAGAAACCACGCCGCUUUGAGAGGAGUGGACGGAAAACGGACUUGAUUUGGGUGGGGUGGGGGUGAUCUGGAGGGUUUGGUUCUGUGGGGGGGGAAAAGCUGGGUGUUCGGUAGUGUGCUUGGCCAAUGACUGCAGACUGAGUCACAACUAAUCUUUUUUUUUUUCUGUAUACUCUCUACAGAAUUUUAAGUUAGCCUUUGUAUGUAUUUCCCUUAGAUUUUCCCAAGAGUUUUGUAGAUCUGUAGUUCCUAAGGCUCCUGUGGCUAUCACUGUUCCAGAAAUGCAUCUGCUCUUCAGCAAGAAAGGUUAUUUUUCUCCUAGCUCUGCACAUUGUGAAAUUCUGGAUUUAUACUUUCAAGUAUUGAGAGAAACCCCUUUUGCACCAUGAUGUAGUAAUUUCAGGGAAUUCCUAGUUAAGUUGCAAACUUCAUUAAAACGUGAAAAUUGUAUUUAAUUACAUAAUGGGUAGAAUUUUUUUUAAAAUGUUUUUGUAAAAAAAAGUCUAAUGGAGUUCC